CCCAAUUCCCCUCCCGGGGAUAAAACGGCCCCGGGGACACCCCACGGGAGCGACCGGCACCAUGGGAGCGAGGCCCCGGCAGCUGAAGGCUCCCCUGCUCCUCCUCCUCUUCCUCCUCGGCCUCGCCGGGCUCUGGGGGCCUCUGGGCACUCGGGGGGCACCGACGGGACCCCCAGCUGAGCUGCUCUACCCCUACGGGCCGGGGGUGGGAGACGCCGCCACCCCCCACGAGGACGACGGGACCAGCCCCGAGAUCCGGCUCUGGGUGAACUUCUCCUUCUACAGCAGAAGCCACCAGAGUGUCUACGUCAACAACAACGGUCUGUUGUCGUUCGGGACCCCCGUCCGUGAGUACACCCCCCAGCCCUUCCCCCUGCCCGGCCCCCGGCCCUUCGUGGCCCCUUUUUGGGCUGAUGUCAACACCAGGCUGGGGGGAGACGUCUUCUACCGCCAGAGCCGCCACCCCCAGCUCCUGGCUCGCUUGGCCAAGGACCUGGCACCCGCCCUGGCGCCUGGUGAGGUGACACCGAGCCCCAGCUGGGCCUUGGUGGCCACGUGGCACCGGGUGCCCUACUUUGGGUCGGCCUCUGACAAGGUGAACACCUUCCAGGCCGUGUUGGCCACGGCCGGCGCCGCCUCGUUCGUGCUGCUCAACUACGGGCAGCUGCAGUGGAGCAGCGGCAUCGCCAACGGCGCCAACGCUCACACCGGCACCGGCGGCGUCCCCGCGCAGGCCGGGUUUAACAGCGGGGACGACAUCCACUACUACAACAUCCCCGGCUCCCGCAGCCCAGCCGUGCUCAGCAUCGCCCAGCGGAGCAACGUGGGGGUCCCGGGGCGAUGGAUCUUCCGAGUGGACGAGUUCACGGCCACCGAGGGACCCCCCGAGACCAGCAGCGACCCCCCAACCCCCACCCCCAGCCCCCCUCCCACCAGCCAGCAGAGGGAAUACGUCUGCCACUGGUGAGGAGGAGGAGGAGGAAGGGAGUCUCCCCUUCCUCCCACUCCCAUGUGUGGUCUGGGGGGGUCUUUAAGGGGGUGUUGGGGGGUCCCCUAAUGUGUGUGACCCCCCCACUUGUGCAUGGACAUGUCAAGGUGGGGGUCAUGUUGCUGUGGGAAGGUCAAU